AUGUAUGUCCCCCGUCAAGUUGGCGUUUUCUUCCUAUUGCUGUUUUUCUUAAAGGUUGCCUCCUUCGCCUGCAUUGAUGGUAUGUGUUCUAAUUUCAUUUCUUUCUGUUUUCACAUGAAAAAAGAAUUGUCUGGGGGGAAGAGUUUCAAUACGUUUUAGUGUCGCCGCACCACGAGUUCCUAGUCGUGAAGAUGUUCUCCAGCGGUACUAUGAAAAUUCUGUUAGUCUACUAGAAAAAAUAAAAAUAAAAUAUUUAGACUUGCAAUAUCUGGAUAUCUUCCAUCCAAAUGCUACGUACGUUAAGGGUUUGCAAGAUAAGUAGUAAAAAUAACAGAACAACAUUACAAAGUAGUCAAGAGUCAUUCGCUAAAAUGCUGUCAUAUUAUAUAACAUUCUUUGUUUGAGCCGAAAAUGUUUUUCGUUGAAGGAAGCUUAAGUGUUGCGUGAAAACCCCCGCCCCACACAUGCGCGAACUGUAACAGGUGCUUUAUCCACAAGCCCAUAUCAAAUUUCUCUCCUGCAUUCGCUGUUAAAUACAGUAUGUUGAAGUUUUUAAGCUAAAUUGUUAAAUUAUAACUAAAGAAGACACUGCGAUUCGUAGCUAUGUUCUUGUUUCUUUGUUUUUAAGAUGUUAUAAAAAUAGGUCAGUUUUUAGUAGCUGUUCGUUUAUCCCUCGCGCGUAUUUUGAGACAAGGUUAGUGAUGGUCAGCUACACUAUGGUUACGAGAUAUGACGUCAUACGUAGCAGGUGGUCAAACCAUUUUUAAGUAAAAAUGAAUGCCUUUUCAACUUCUUUCAACAAUAAGAGUAAAGCUUGUGGAUGCAGAGAUGCAAAAUGCUUAUUUAUGUGUUACGUUACUCGUCAAGCACAAAAAAAAUACUAUUUAUCCCGGUUACAGCGAGCUCCAUGUUCUAAUACAAGUGAAAACUCGGGGAAACCUUUUAUUCUGCAGGAAAGAAUUAGUAUGGGAAACUGACAAGAUAAACAAACCCUUGAUGCUGCCGGCUGCGAAAAUUGCUUCACAUUAAGCUGACACAAAGGGUGCUUCAUUUGUUAAACAGUUCUGUCUCACAUUUAUCUCUUGUUGGUAUUCGUAAAUUUCCAAAUGCAGAGAAUAUAUAAAUUCUAAUAAAUUUAGAAGAGGGAAAAACUGCUAUCUUUUUUUGCUUAAGGCAGACACACUUAUGCAUGGAGAUUACUUAGAGCGGUUGCAAGAAACUGCUGCUGAGCGAGCCGUCAGGACUCAGGAAUCUGCAUCAGGUUCUCGUCACUUUCGUGGAUAUGUUCCGAAAUGAUGUCACUUUCAAAUCGAAAUCAGUUAAGAACGUCUGUCCCAAAACAAUAACAAGCUUAGCCCGUUAACACAGGGAUAUUGAAAUUUGCAACAGCUUCCCGUAGUUGGGAAAACAUUAUUUGCUGUUCGUUUUUUUUCUUAUUGGUUGAAUACUGAAAGCUGUCAUGACAUAGUUCUCUAUUUGAAGCCGUGAGAGGAAAAUUAAUAGGGUCAUACUGCUUUCUAUAUUCCUUUUCUCUUCUCUUUCGGGCCUUUUUUUUCUCUGACAUUUUUUUUCUCUAAUUUCCAGAAGCGUGAUUUCAUUCUCCUACUGGGAAUCAUAAAAUUGGGCCCGGGUUACUUUCUAUAUAUAACUAAAAGUUUACUGAUAGUCAUGAAAACUCCUUCAACUUAUAAACGUAUUUUAACAGUUAAGCUGGACAUUGUAUUAAAUAAUAAAGAAGAUAAACACGCGAUUUACAUACAUACGUCAUUUGGCAGAUGGAUUUUAAAUGUAUUUCUUGAAAUUGUCUAUAAAUAUAUUUUUACAUGGACCUUUUAGUUAUACGCCUCCGUUCCAACCAGCUCAAAUUUCUCUUUGUGGCUGCAAAACCGUAAGAUAAAAACUAUUUACUAUACCAAUGCAAAGGUGGAGGGAUGUUUGGUUACCCCUUAUCCCUGUACUGCAGCUUAGUUAGUUCACUGUUCCUGUAGUACCGUUUAUCUAGUUUUUCAAAGUUCUUUUUUUUUCGGUCUGUAACGUUUGAUACAAUUAAUGCUUGGAAGACAUAUUUGUUUGCAACGAAGCAUUGAUCUUGUCAUUCACAAGGUCUUUCAUGCAUGAAAAUUAAUUUCUUUUACUUAUAUGGAGGUCGCAAUAUUAACAACAUGGGAAGGACUUCUCGUAAACGACAGUGCAACUGGUUUUUUUUUUCUUCGUUGUUAUUUUGGCUGCCUAGAAGUAGCACAAUAAAAUAUUAAUUGAUCUGUUAAUUUGAAUGACAUGACUGAAAUCUCUCAUUUUGCACAAGUUAUUAGCGGAAAUUAACUUGUGGUAGAAGGAAUUAAGCAAAUUAAAGGGGAACAUGUAUGUUCCCCUUCAAAGUUGGCGUUUUCUUCCUACUGCGAUUUUCUUUAAUGGUUGCCUUCACCUGAAUUGAUGGUAUUGAUUCACGGUUUUUCUUCACAUUACGAGUUCCUCUAAGAAAGUACUAGUUGCACGAAAGACACAGAAAGAAGAAGAUCGUUUAAAAAUGUUUAUAUAGGCUAAGUUCCUCUUCUGUUUAUGUCUUGGUUCCAGCCUUGUCAUUCGGCUGAAAAAAUCUUCUUAAGAGAUAUUUUCGAUCACUUGAUUGUUUUGACUUCCUUAGAAACGGAAUGACAAGAAUCAAUAUUUAAUAAUUAACUAAGGGUAAUUGUCCAAGGCUUAAUUUGUUUUAAGUCAUCCCUUGGUCCAGGUUAAGCAAUUGCAGAUUCAGGAUAAGAACUGCAUAAUAUUCAAGAAACGUCCGGACCUUUUGGCAUUCUUGGGUAAUGAAAAUCGCCUUUAUUAGAGUAAAGACAGUUAGCUAUAGAAAUGUGGUAGCGUUAAAGCACAUUAAAAGAGAAGAAAUCGUCACUUUUCGUUGACAUGCGUUGCUCAAGAACAUGUUUGCCUUUAAGCUGCCUAUUGCUAUGAUUGUGAUACCUGUAUGUAGGUGGAUAUAUUCAGUCAGGUAUAAUAAUAUUAAAACCGGUGGAAUUUGAGAGUGACCCUUCUAAGGCGCCCUAAUUCUAAUGAAAAUUUAAGCGCACUCGUGGGAGUCAGAUUUAUACAGAUGUAAUCGGGUACAUAGUGACAACUGACCACCCUCGGGAUGUAUAUUUAAUUUCGAAAAGCAAAAACCGCCCAAAAUUAAUUUGACAGGGUUUUGCAGAAUCUAUAUCACUUGUGAACAAGUUAAGCAAAAAAGUGUGAGACAUAAAAAUGUGAGUUUGCAUGAUUUAGAACUGCCACUGAAAAUCCGACAUGAUCAGAUAGUGUGGUUUGCGGUCAAGGAAUUCUCCUGUUUGAUUGUUUAAAAUGGGUAUACAUAUAUACAUUUCAGUCUUCAUUCGCAUGCAGUUUUAUUGCAGUAUUAAAUGGAACGAUGUGUAUGUGUCAGAAUACUCCGUGUGUUUAAGGUCAUGUUUCCUUACCAUGACAGCAUUGCUUGCUUUCUCGUUCGGGUCUGUAGAUCUAGAUAUAUAGACGCAGGUUUGCAGUUUUUAGCUUUGAAGUCACCGUGUCUCCUAAAUAUGUAUAAUCAAAAAAAUUUCAUAACGGGGCAAAAAUAAUCUUAUAUGCGUGACAGUCAAACUUUUAUUCACUAAGAAUUCUAUGAAGCCACCCCACAGAUUUGACGACAAGCGAUCAACAGUGCCAAAUACGAGUGCAAAGUUGCACUUUUGAGUAAAAAAAAAUACCAGCGCCGAAACGAGUUCUCACCUUGUUUUCAGUCGCUCCAAUGCCUGCGAGGAAGAUUAUUUGGCCCACUCCAAGGGAAGCGACAAGACUUACCCGGAUUUGUGACAGUGGUGCUUUAAUAUCGCUGUGGGUCUAGUAAAAUCGCCGUGACAACCGAGGAAUCAGUUUAAUCAGCUCACCCAAACCAAGACCCAACUGAUUGAUACUUGGGACAAUUUUAUAAGAUUUAGCCAGUUAGCAAUGCUUGGCCCAUAACCUCGACGUAGAAACUGAAAAGAGCAACGACUAGCUGACUCUAUGUCUGCUAAACUCCUAAAACUCUAUGGCUGAUAAGACAAUAGUAGCUGUGUAAAAAAAGGCAAUGUGAAAAAAGAAAAUGUAAGGAAAGCAAGGACAAGCUGAUUAUAAAUCUUUCAGAUUACUUUGUCCUUCACAAAAUAUUGGAAACUGCAAAUUCCGAGAAUCAAGAUUUCAGUAGACACCCUAGAUUAAAAGUGGACUUUUUUUGUUUAAUGCCCAAAGCCCAAAGAAGUACUUUUUUCAGGAUUCCUGUAUAUGAAAGGGUAAGGGUUUCACUGGUUGAUUUAUAAAAUAAGGUAGGGAAAUCUAUCAUUGCGGUCUGCGGAAGGACCUAAAAGGUGUAUUUUAUAGCUGUGAAAAAGACAAGAUAACUUUCUGUACGUGAAGGGGGUAAGGGGGUAUCAUUUGUUAUAUUAACAAAAUGUGAUUCGAAAGGAGCACUUUUUCUGUCAAAACUGGUGUAUAAAAGGGCUAGGGGUUGCACCUCGGGGUGGAGCCCCCCCGUGUGAAAUUUGAGUUCAGUCCCCCCAGUGAAAUUGUGCGUAUAAUUCAGCAUUCCAUAGCAAAUACAAAUAUUUUACAAAACAUAAUUCAGUAAACAAAAUAUUUCAUAAAAUUGGUUAAUCGUUCAUGACAGGAGAUCUGUAUUAUGACAAGAGAAUUACUUGGACGUUUCCUUGAUUUAUUUAACAAAAAAUACAAUAUCAGUUUAAAAUAUUCACUACAAGCUACUAUAUUUCAGUCUUUACAAUACAAAGAUACAAAAACCUCUACUUUGAGAAGACAUGCAAACUAUCUUAAUGUUCAUAAUGACACAAUAUGUAUACGAAAAUUACAUUUAUAACUGCAUUGUGGCUUAUUGUUAAUACAUCAACAUGUAGUCUACAAAAACCGUUAACUUUAAUGGUCAUGGAGACCCCCGAAUCACUUUCCAUUAAGUUGUCCUUAAAAUUAAUUGUACCCCUUUCAUACUAUAUCUUGAAGAGACAGUAACAUUACCAGUUGAAUGGAUAAUCAAUCGCUAUUUUUUUCUAUUUCUACAAGAUCCUUUUAAAGGGAUCUCUUAGAAAACCUCCUACACAGGUCGACCUUUAUCAGGCGCGGAUCUAAGAUAAGUACUGACCGAUUUCCUAAACGAGCGCUGAAAGGGUAAGCUUUUAGGGUGUCCGGGAACAUGCUCCCCCUGGAAAUUUUUUGGAUUUUAACUCCUUAAAGUCUCCUUUUUUGGGGUCCCUGAGUCAUUCAGACAGGAUACUGGCGAGAUUAGGGAUCUCGCUUACGUCAAAGGGAAAACGCGAAUUUGUAGCACGUGACGAAGUUCCCUUUGUUUGUCGCCUACUGUUCAAAAUUUCUACACAUAAAUUAGUACUUUCGCGCAAUUUUUCGUACGUCAAAUUUUAUCAAAAAAUGAUUGACUAGCUAUAGGACCACAAUACAAGGCUGCAUAGGCCCGUCGAAGCUUGAAAAAAAUAUCCGCAAGUGGAAUUAAUGAACAUGUUUGAUAUACCAAUGAGAAACAUGUUUCACAACGAGCUUGUAACCCUGAGUUUGAGUUCCAGAAACAAGAAUGUCAUAAAACAAAGGGAAGAAAGAGGAACCCAGUUGUAAAGGACUUGAAUGACAGUUCAGUCUUUGUUUCCGGCAAGCUAACGCUGAAGAAUAAAACAGGGUCAUUCUCUUUUCUUUUCCCUCCUUUCUUUUUUGACAAAUAUUUUUUACCAAAAGCGUGAUUUCAUUCUCUUAUUCGGAAUCAUAAAAUCAGAUUACUUUCUAAUAUAUAAGUGAGAGUUGAUUGAAAGUCAAGGAAAAUCCGUCGACGUAUUUUAACAGUUAAGUUGAGCAUUGCGUUAAAUAAGAAGAUAAACACGAUUUGCAUACGUCAUUUGGCGGAUGGAUUUUUAAUGUAAUUUCUUAAUUACCGGCUGAAAUUGUCUAUAAAUAUAUUUUUACAUGCACCAUUUAGUUAUAAGCCUCUAUUCGAAUCAGCUCAACUUUCUCUUUGUUGCUCCAAAACCGCAAGAUAUAAUUAAGUUUUAAGUCUGCACCAUUUAGUUAGAGGGAUGUUUGGUUACCCCUUAUCCCUGUACUUGAGCUUAGUUAGUUCACUAUUCCUAUAGUACCGAUAUUUCGAUUUUCAAAUUAAUCAUCCGCCUUCUAGCUAGUUUUAAUUAUUUUCCAAGUCAUUCCAGUCCUUACGAAAAUAGAAUAUAACAAUAACAACAAUAAUAAUAAUAAUAAUAAUAAUAAUAAAUAUAAAAUGGCCAGUUAUACUAGUCUUAUAUUCUUAUAUAGUAAGGGAGUACGUUAACAGCAGGUGGAUAAAUGUCAAAUGCCUAUAUAUUGAGAAUCAAUAUAAUAUUGAGAAUCAGGAUUUUUGCUGGAAAGGUUUAAUUGAAUUGACUCAGUUUACUCUAAAUGAGCCAGCCACAUGGUAAACAUUAGCCAAACAGGAACGUGUAGUGCAGAAUUUAUUUACUCCUUCAUUAAAUUUACCGUUUCGCGAACCAAAAGUUAAAACUAGUUCCUGUGCCUUAAUACUGAUUUGAAAACUUGCUUCCCACUUUCCGUAAUCAUUAAUCUGUACAAAAAAGGUCGUAGUUGGUAGAUCUAAACGUAUCUGUUUUGUGAGAAUCAUAUUUCCAACAAUUAGGUGUGGCUCUCCCCUGGAUCAUUAACUUCUAACAGAAGCAUAUGCUUCUGCUUCUAAACAGUAUACUUUCAAUUAGCUUCAAAACUAACCGUUUUUAUUACCUACAAUUUUAAGUAGCUCCAUGUUCUAAGUGAAACCUCGGGGAAACAUUUUGUUUAACAGGGAAGUAGAGUAAGGUAAACAGACAAGAUAAACAAACCUCUAAUGCUGCCGGCUGCGAUAAUUGCUAAACUGCACUUAAAGUUAACAUACUGAGGGUGCUUCAUUUGCGUGACGCAGUUUUGUAUCACAUUUAUCUCUUUUUGGUGCUCUUACACUUCCAAAUACAGAGGAUAUAUAAGUUCUUAUAAAUUUAAAAGAGAGAAAAACUACUAUCUACUUUCCCGUAAGGCAGAAAAAUUUAUGCAUGGAGAAUUACUGGGAGUGGGUGCAAGAGUCUACUGCUGAGCGAUCCCCACAGGACUAAGGAAUCUAUAUCAGUUUCUCGUCACUUUCGUGGAAAUGUUACGAAAUGAUGUCACUUUCUUCAAAUCGAAUUCAGUUAAGAAUUUGGUUAUCUCUUCUUAAAACGUGUUCAAUAAAAAUUGUUACCAAAACAAUAACAAGCGAUUAGUCCAUUAAAACAGGGAUAUUGAAAUUUUGCAACAGCUACCCGUAGAAAUAUUGUUUGCUGUCCGUAUGUUCUUAAUGGUUGAAUACUGAAAGCUGUCAUGACAAAGUUCUCUAUUUGAAGCCGAGAGAAACGUGAUAGGGUCAUCCUGCUGUCAAUAUUUUCCUGUUUUAGGCGCACGUUGUUAGUUUCUGAACCACUGAGGUAAGAUAUAGUAGGGAUAAUGCCGAGCAUGGACGUUUGUCUCCAAAUUUGUGCCUUUGGUCUGUCUCUGUUUUUAUUCCCAGUUGCCUUUGGUUGCACUGAUGGUAAGCAUUUUAUUUCAUCUUCAAAAUUUGGUUUGCAAACCUUCUUUAGUUAAGUUACCUAACCUUGAAGGCAACUCAAUUAAACAUCCAAAAGUGGAAUUAACAAUUCAAAUAUAUAUAAUUAAACCUUCUUGAAGUAGUGGAAUGAAUUUCGGACACUUUGUGUUCCACUACCCCAAACUUUGUAGUAAAUUAAAGCAAAAAUAGGUACUUAUACAUAAAAACCAGAAAAGAAAAAAGCUUAACGAUACUUCGAGUCAUGCUGCAAGCUGUGAAACGCUUAAAAUGAGAUUGACGGGGUGAGCAUUUACUGCAUUUAAGGCUGACAAAGAGCGACUUUUGAUAUUCCUUUUUUUUAUUCUUUGCAAACAGUUGUUUUUAUGUUCAAAAGUGAGUGUUUUUCUUUUUAAUUGUUCUCUUUUUUUGACUCAUUUUGACUAACUUAAUCUCAUUACAGGAAUAGUCAUGCAAAAUUCCCGUAUAUUUUUUUAAUAGCAUAUGCUGAGUAAAGGAUUGGAUAUAAGCGCUUAUCGAAUUUCUUGAUUCAUUGAUAUUUUCCAUAUAUCUUUAUUCCAAGGCUGUUAGGCUUUUUAUUGGUAAUACAAUCGAAUUGAGUUCAAAAUAUUUUACCCAAAUACACCGUCUGUUGAUACCGCUGAGAAAAAGUAAUAACGCCGUAAAAUUGAUUGUGUCCUUGAAGCAAAAUAGUUUGGAAGGCUUCACUACCAAUGGUUUUUCGAAGAUUCCAAGUUCGCAUUUAAGACCACUAACUUCAAUAUCUCGAAAAAUAUGCUAUAUAAAGUCUGGACUUCAGAUUGUUUAUGAAGUUUAACAGUUUAGUUCUAAUAACUAUUUUUUAAGGUAAUUUUCGUUUAUGCAAUCAAAUUAAUUCAGUUCAAACUAUUUUUCGCAAAGACACUGGCUGUAUACGCGCAAGGAAAAAAAUAUAACCCCGGAAAAAUUACUGUCAAUGUCCUUGAAGACAAAUAAUUCGGAAGGCUUCAUCGGUGCACCAUAAAUCUUUUUAAUUUCUGAAAAGCAUACUUCCUAAGCAAUAAAAAGAGACCAAAAUUAAUAUAAAUCUGUACGUGGAAUAUUUAAGAAUUUAUGAUUUUUCGACGAUUCAAAGUUCGCUAACUAAAUUUUGCGCAAAAUGACCUGUGUGCAACUUUGGACAAAAACACGAAAUUCUACAUCUCGAAAAAUAUGCCAUGUAAGGUUGGGAUUUCAAAAUCUUUAUGCAGUAGAACAGUGUUUUCACUAUUUUCAAGGUAAUUUCCCUUAUGCAAUUGAAUUGAGUUCAAACUAUUUUUCGUAAAUUACCGUGUAAGAAAGUGGAUUGGCAAUAUUCACAGCAUGGAAAGGAAUUGUUUGAAAACAACAGUGCAACUAGAAUUCUCUUUUAUUUGCUGCCAUUUUGACUGCCUAUAACCAGAACACUUAAUUAUUACUUGAUCUGUUAAAUUGCAUGACUGAAAUUUCUUAUUUUCUGCACAAGUUAUUAGCCAAAAUAUCUUGCGGUAGAGGGAAUUAAGCAACGGGGAAUAUGUAAGUCCCCUUCAAAGUUGGCGCUCUCUUCCUACUGCCAAAAUAUAAACAUCAGUUACACGUAGUUCCCUGCUCUGAGACAAAGACCCCGAAGGAAACCUUAGGAAAAAACCCCUGCACAAGUGGUAUUUUUACCCAAAAAAUUACGGGUCCAUUCAUUUGUUUCUUCCUUGUUUCAGAUAAUGGUCGUACACUAGAGUUCCCAGGACCUUUCUCCUUCAUUAGCAAGCGUUUGGUGAACCACACUAUAGGAACUAAAAUUGUUGCUGAUUUUGAGAACUGCAAGCUGCAUUGUUACUACGAACACAAUUGCGUGAGUGUCAACUAUCACGUGAGCACAAAAACAUGUGAGUUAAACAACGCUACUCAUCGAUGGCAUAAUAACGAAUUCAAAGAUGAAAAUGGUUACCUCUAUCAUGGAGCAGAUGUAAGUUCUUUCUAGUUAACUGCUCUCCUUCCCCUCCCCCCUUUUCCUCCCCCUGCUUCUCCUUCUCCUUCUCCUCCUCAACAUUAUCACCAUUAUCAUCAUCAUCACCGUCAAUAUCAUUUCUCGUUCACUUUUCUUCUUCUUCUUCUUCUUCUUCUUCUUCUUCUUCUUCUUCUUCUUCUUCUUCUUUUCUGCAAAAUUUCCACUGAUUAUAUCACUUCACCCUAAUCAUCCAGCUACUCGUUUGCUUCAUUUACUAUUUUCUCUGUUUCUCUUUUAAGAAUGCCUGUGAAGAGUUCGAUUGUUUAAAUGGAGGAACCUGUCAAUCCGGAUUCACAGUAGAAAGAUAUCGAUGUUUGUGCCCUCUUGGUUUUAGGGGUAAGCGCUGUCAAGCAGGUAAGAAAAUAAAAGAGGUAAAAUGGAGCCUUUCUUUCACUUAACAUUUGCGGCCUUCGAGAAUUGCUUUUCUUAGUAUGAUUUGCCGUCGUAUCAAAUCCAUCCCACACUUCAACGUUUGGUGGACUCUUUAGCGACGGAUUUCAGUGGACAUGUUGGGUGGAUUUCUGCAUAGUGUCAAACUCGGAGAGCGUGUUAGUAACAACUAAAGGAUGAAUACUAUUUUUUCCCUCUACAAACAAUUAGGUGAUUAAGAAUGAUCGAGCGGAUUGCUAGUUUGGUUGCACGAAUAGAAAAUCUUCGAGAACAAAUCUACUGGUUGUCGUCUCAAAGAUAAAAAACCGAGGGUCCGAUCGAGUGUGAGAAAAAAAAAUUGCCAAAGAGUAAUUGAGGCCGGCGACAAGAGGAGUCCAUGACAUUACAUGGGUAUACAUGUCGAUACAUUAUUUUAAAUGCAUUCUUGAUACACUUUAAUAACCCUACUUAAAGUACCUACCUGCACUGUACGUAUUGUAGGCAGCUUCGUUCAGACUUCCACUAGGAAUGCAGUGGAAUGCAGAUGUCGCAACCUGGUAACGCUCGUCUGGACCUUUUAUCACUCGUUAUCUGAUUACGCCUGAUUUGACUUUCACUAUCAACUAAAACUUACGCCAAGCAGAGCGUUGGGUUGAGCAAGAGCAUCAUAUAUGUCAGAUCUUCGCUGUCGUCCGCAUUCCGUAACCUUUAGUACAUAAUAUAUCUUUGUUGUCACAUACUGUCUUCCGUAGAAUUCAUUCAAGAUGCAUCUUAACUAAAAUUAAUUAUCAUUCAGAUAUAGACGAAUGCCGGUUCAACUCUCACAAUUGUAGCAACAAUGCCAUCUGCAGUAACACCAAAGGUUCCUUCAACUGUAGUUGCAAACCAGGUUAUAGCGGGAAUGGCCACAACUGUUCAGGUGGGUGCUUGCGAAGUUCUAUAUAAUAUUAUUUACUCAGGCUCGCCAAUCCUUGCAGGGUCACCGUUACAGCCCUCACUGAAUUACUGGGGUCCGUAACAGUUCCUUCCCUCGUGAUAAAUAGACCACCACACAGUACGUGGGUUCUUCAUCGUCCCAAAGAAUGUAUUUGUGCCUCAAUAUCCGAGAAGACUAAAAAUUUCAAACCGUUUGCAGAUUUGUUCACCGUAUCUUUUGUUGCACCUGUUUAUCUUCUAGGUUUGGGUAAUUUUGGUUAUAAAAAAUGAGUAAUUAAAAAAAUAAAAAGCACACAAGCACAGAAGAGCUAUUAUAUUAUGCAAGCGACUCCUCGAAGUAUAGGAAUACAAUUUUACUAGUAUGAUAUGCUUUACGCCUCGUAUCAGGUUAGAAACCAAAGUUAAAUAUACGUGGUUCUUUUCUUAUUGAUGCAAAUCAAAUUGAGGCGAGUAUCAAAACAAAAAGUGUUUAUUGUAACAUUAGCAGUGCUUGUAUAUUCUUUCAAUAAUCAGACGUCCACUUUGUCGUGGAAUUCCUCUAUUACGACAGAUAAUGCGCUUUUGCAGUGUUUCUGUUUAUCUUUUCUCGUAUCAUUCGAUUGCUUCUGCAAACGAGGGUACGAUGGAGAUGGACACAAUUGUACGGGUAAAAUCAUCUACAUGGGUUUGGUUUACGUAUCCACUUUUAAAAACUAUGAUUAGGCAGUCUUUUUUUCUUCGGGAGAACGAGAAAAUAUAGAGAUAUAGGGGGGCAUGUUCGCAGGCUAAAUAUGUCUAUUAUAUGAAAUGACGUAUGCUAAUUUCUCCUUGUUUACUGCCAGAUUAUUGCAUUUUUUGUAGUCUCGCUUGCGUAAACAGCGAGACUCAUAAUCUGCAACGCGUUUUUCGUCGUAUUUUGGGCACAAAAGGGGGUCAUUGUGCCACUCGUUCCUUGCGGAGACCGUGGAAACUGGGACUAAGAAUCGUUGCGUGAUCGAAGCCACGCAUGUUUAGCGAAGAAAGCUUAGAAAAGAUUAAAUUUAAAGCUAUUCCGAAAAGUGUCGGUUCACGAAUUCUAUCGCUUGAAAGCGUUGAUUACUUAGGAACAAGUGAACACUUUUGAAUGGUCAAAAAAAAAAAAAAAAAAAAAAAAGAAUCUUCAUUAGCAAAACUGAGAUGGUCGGGUGUUGUAAACUUUUAUUGUAUGCAUAUGAGUCUUGUGAUGAGCAUGCGGUUUAUAUUCCGCGCUGAUUGAAAUGACGUGCCAUGUAAAUCACUUUUUUGAUCUCUGGCAAUGAUGUUAUUUCCCUGGAAUAGAGGCCCUUGGAUUUCCGUGUAUUUAUACACACGUAUGGCCUGCGACCGCAGACGUUAUUUCUGGUCGUCGCCAACACGCGUACUAAAUCAGUUCAGAAACAAAUAAAAAGUAUCGAUGUCGAUAAAGUAGGUAGUAACCAGAGGGCGCUUACAGUGGCAUUCCGUCUCGCCUGCUUGGAGAUUAGAUCGAGAAAUGAGGAGGCGAUUAAUUCUACAAGAAACAUGAUUUACUCGCUACAGGUUUUUUACUUCCUACUUUAUCGACGUCGAUACUUUUUAUUUGUUUCUGAAUUGAUUUAGUACGCGUGUUAGCGAUGACCAGGAAUACGUCUCCAGAAGCAGGCUAUACGCGUGUAUACUUGUAUAAAUACACGAAAAUUCAAGGGCCUCGAUUCCAGAGAAAUUACAUCGUUGCCAGAUAUCAAAAAAGUGAUUUACAUGGCACUUCAUUUCGAUCAUCGCCGAAAAUAAAUCGCAUGCUCAUCACAAGACUCAUUAGCAUACAGUGAAAGUUUACCACACCCGACCAUCGUAAUUUUGCUAUUUAUACUCAGUAAUGUUCACUUGUUCCAAAGUAAUCAACGCUUUCAAGCGAUAGAAUUCGUGAACCGACACGUUUCGGAAAAGCUCUAAAUUUAAUGAUUCUUUAAUCUUUCCUGAACUUUUUCGCAAAACAUCAUGAAACGAUUCUUAGUCCCAGUUUCCACGGUGUCCGGAAGGAACGCCUGGCACAAUUACCCCCGAUCAGUGACCCAAAAACGACAAAAAAGUCAGGGGGCAACUUCCAGAAAAAUUGUGUGGGGAUGUGCUGCACGCUUCCUGAAACGCUUACCCUAUUUCAGACCAAAAUCUGUGAUUUUUCCCUACCCUAUUUCGGACGAACACUUUGUUGUGGAAUUCCUCUAAUACGACAGAAAAUGCCCUUUGCAGUGUUUAUGUUUAUCUUUUCUCGUACCAGCACCUUUAAAUUUACUGGGUUUAUUCUUCAGACAUAGAUGAGUGCGACGCUGCAAAUAAUAGCUGUCAUGAAAAUGCUUGGUGUAAUAACGCUCAAGGAUCAUUCACUUGCUCCUGUAAGCCAGGGUACGAAGGCGAUGGAUACAAUUGUACAGGUAAAAUUCUUUAGGUUUUUUCAAGUCCAUUUAAAACAAUUCUUGACAAUUCGCCUUAGUUUGAGAGGUGACUGCUGACAUGUUCUGAAAUCAAUGCGAGUCCCGGAUGUAGUUUUUAUGAAACAAUAAAUAAUUACUGAUUAUACUGGUGACUAUAUUGAUUACCUGUUUGUUCAGGCAGAAUAGAAUUAAUAUUUACUUUAUCACUCAGACGCAGACGAAUGCCUGAACACCUCUCACAAUUGUAGCGAAAAUGCCAACUGCACUAACACCGAAGGGUCCUUCAACUGUAGUUGCAAACCAGGGUACAUUGGAAAUGGCCACAACUGUUCACUGGCAGGUUAGUUGUUGAAAUUCCUGUCUCGCUUUCCGUUAGUUUUGAGACUUCUUGUUUAGUACAAAAAGGGUUAAUGUUCAGUGAUGUAGUAUAAAAUCAUAAAUUGCAGUAAAUUAUAAGAAAUUGUUACUCGCUCUUUUUAUGAUAAUUUAAUUUAUUUAUUCAGUUAUUAGUUCCUUGCUUAUUAAAAUCUAACAACUUCGUCUUCACGACUAUUGGAUAACGUCAGAGCUCAUCUCUAAAUAUUUGCAUCAUCAUGUAAAAUACAUCCUCGGAUAACUCUUAGGGAGUAACUAUUAACCCCCUGUUCUGUACUACGAUGGGAAUAUAAGAUAAGAUAAUUGACCUAGAUAAACACUAUCCCCGUUUUUUUGGGGGAUACCAUCCUACUUUGAAGCUCUCUGGUAUCCCCUCCUUUACUUUUAUCGUAAGUCUAACACAUAGAAUCGAUAACAUAUAGUGAGCAAUUGUCAAUUGUGGCCCUGAAAACUUUUGAAAGAAAGAAAAAAUACGAAUUUUUAAGAAAAUGCUUUUUUCGUGAGAAGGACUCUUAAACGCUGACAAACGUCAACAAAUAGCGAAAACUAUAAUUUCUAUAUGUUUGCUUUGCUCGAAAUCGCGCGCACUUUCAAGGCUCUAAAGCGUUUUGCUGACUUGCAAGGACCCAUCUGUUAUAACGAUGCCCAAAAUAAAGGGAUGAAUCUCAUAGUUUAUUAGAUAUAAUCGUGUAAAAGUUUGCUUAUCAUUUUCACAUAAAUUAUGACCUAAAUUUGGAAACCGCUGAAUUUCUCGAAUUGGGUCUUUGCGAUUUUGGUGAAACUCUGUUCAGCGCAAGGCACUAAUGCGCACUAUGUGUAGCCGAGAGAUUUUCACGAAAAAAUGCCGGGAACAGCAGAUUUUCGACUCAGACCUCAAAGGGGUGUGGCAUUAUAACCACGUGACAUUUACUCCGAUCGCCAAAUAUUUUAUGUUAUAUUGUAGAUUGAUCUAUAUGUUAUCGAUUCUAUGUGUUAGACUUACGAUAAAAGUAAAGGUGGGGAUACAAGAGAGCUUCAAAGUAGGAUGGUACCCCCUCCAAAAAACUGGGUCGAGUCAACUUAAACCCUAAGAUCUAAAUUAAAAAUUCUCCUUUGUUGCCGCUAUUCAUUUACUAUAGAAGUAGGCAGUGGGGAGAAGUUGCGCUACUUCAACAACGAUAAAUCACAUACUUUUUUUUUCUCAGAAUACCAGUUGUAUUAGAAAACCGCAGGUCAUCUCAGGGGAAGGGGGGGCGGGGGGUGCGCACCCCCUGCACCCUCCCCCUAGAUCCGCCCCUGCCUAUCUAGGUUUAAGUUUCAUACUAGAUGUAAGGAUCUUACUGAACUGAUAAAUGGCAACAAUUGCUCCGCGUGCGUAAUUUGUAUCUCUUAAGUUGUGCCCGUGUUCCUAGAAUUGUUUUGAUUAUUUUAGCAUAUUGUAAAUGUAUAUAUAAUAUAUACAGGAUUAUACUAUAGCUUUUUUUAAUAGCUUUUUAUUUCUUAUCUUUUAUUUAUCAUAUUAUUCAUUAUUUAUUUUAUCUUUAUGUUGUGUCCCCAAUUAGGGUCAAUUAGCGUCAGCUAAAUACAUCGACAAAUGAAUAAAGUUCAUCAUCAUCAUCAUCAUCAUCAUCAUCAUCAUCAUCAUCAUCAUCAUCAUCAUCAUGUCCAAUAGUCUUUGAACUACCCUAAAAAGGAUUGGUAUUAAUCUACCUAUCAGUCCGUCAAACCCUUUACUUCAUCCGUGCGUCCACGAUCAUCCCCCCCAAAAAAUGUAUUCAGUUUUACCAGAAACCCUUAUGAGUUUCUGGUUUUACCUAGCGUUUGAGCAAAGAGAACAAGAGAAAAAAAGAGAAUUGAUAUACCUUAGCAGAACCGUGCUAUUACUCACUUUCACAUUCUCCCUCAUUUCGGAAUUGUCGCGUGGGUUUGCUGCUUUGCCUGUUUGCUAUGGAGUUAAUGGUCUUUUUUUGUUUGUUUUGACUUUUUUUUCUUCUAAUGUUAUCUUCCGCUUUCAUUUUGUUCAUUAUCAUUCUAAUAUGCAUGCAUGCACGUUUUUUUUUUCUUUUGGACGAAAGAUUAGUCAUCAAUCCACCCAUCCAUUCAUUCCUCGCCUAUUCAUUAUACCACCUAUCUGCCUUUCUAUCUAAUCUACAAACAGGACUUGAGUAAAAUGAGGCUGUGGCUGGGUACGCAGAUGAUUCCCUGACCGUGAUAUUUUCUCAUCCAAAUUAACCUUUGUGUAUCAUCCAUGUGUUUCCAUUUGCAGAAUUUUCAAUAAACUCAACAAUAUUACAUGGAAAUCAGGAUUAUCUCCGACAUCUUCACCGUUUUCUUGCUAGCGCUCCUGAGGUUGGGGAGGAUUCUUCCUGGCUUCUUUGCUACCGUGCUACCUCACAUGGCUGGAGUGAAACAAUCUUCCACCAAAAAUGUGAUCAUAAAAACAAUACUGUCACCAUCAUAAGGAAAGGAUCAUACGUCUUUGGAGGAUACACUGACAUUCCCUGGAGUAAGAUUUGAUAUUGAUGUUUUAUUACCUUUAAAAGGGCUUUAGUGCCACGGGUGUUUCACUUACACCUUAACCUACAGUUGUUCCUCAUAACUACAGAAUGAUUCCAAUAAUAGUACUCGCAUUGCAGUUUACAAUAGGCUAAUGCUUUAAUAGAGAUCGAGCGAGAAAUACGAUUGCUAGAAAGAGACAUACGCCUUUUACACUAUACUUAAGCUCUCUGCGGUUCACCCGUUCAAAUGAGUUAAAUUCUGACGACAUUCUUAGUAUAGAUUCAACUUAUAUCCAAAGUAAAAAGAUAGAUUUUGCAUUCGAGCCAAGGGGCCCAUCCGAGGUUGGAGCGUUAAAUCCCCUGGCUUCCACUAACGUGAAGCGAUUAGUAGUAUCGCUGCCUCCCCUCUGGAUAAAAUCAUAUUUCAUCGCAAGGAUAUCAUAAAGAAAGGCCCAUGGGUCUUUGGAGGACAAACUGACUUUCCUUGGGUAAGAUUUUACAUUGACUUUUAAGUAUCUUUAGUUGAUAAAAGAUUCAAGGGCUUUAGGUAUGGACUGUGCAAUAAUUAUCAGGAGGAGGGACUGAAAAUGAACCUGACAUUGAGUCCCUCCCGACUUACAUUUGCAUGUUCUUUCUUUAUGUUGUACUGUAACGUUUUCGUAGGCUGCGUCUGGAGCAUCACCUCACGCAGCGAGACAAAGCCAACCAUUUCAGAACAGCCCGAUUGUGCAUCGUCUUUUAAUUCCUCCUGUCAUUGUCACUUCCGUCGAUUUCCGGUUGAGUCAUGACCAGUAUGAACAAAACUCAGAACGCGAGCUACUAGUCUCUCUUUCCCUCCUCGACCUCUUUUAUCGUCAUGCUUUCGUCAUGUGAUUUAACAGGGGAGUUAUCCUUGCAUGCCGCUAUUCACACAAUUUUCAUGUUUGCUGAAGCUCACCUGGCACUUCCUUUUGGCUGAAAAUGUCUAAACAUUUUUAAAAACGUAAUUAGUUACUAUAGAGGGGACACCCCCUUUUUAAAACCUUGAAUACACCCACGUUCUGUUAAGUAGAAAUAAGCUAAAUUAAUAUCAUGUAACUAGGAUUGUUCAUGGCUUUGGUACUAAUUAUUGCUAGUUCUUUGUUAUAUUUUGAUCACAAAUAAUUCAUGUUUCGUUCAUAUCAAAUCACCCCCAGACUGAGUAUUAUUGUUAAGGUGAUUAUACACGGGACGAUUUUUAGCGCAACACAGGGUUGCAAUGUUGAAACAAUGUUGUCACUAUUAGAAACAAUGUCGCAACGAUGUUGCAAUGCUGUGUUGCGCUAAAAAUCGUCGUUGCGAAUCGUCUCGUGUAACAUCACCUUUAGUGAGACAGCUAACCCACAAAAAAAUGAGAUAUAACCCCCCUUUUUGAAAAAAACAACAACAACAACAACUGAUAUUUGCUAUUAAUUUACCAGGUACCACGCCCCCUUCUGGUUUUAACCCCCCCGCCUCCUGCUAACAUUGUACAGUCCCUUUAAAAGAGAAACAUUCUAAAGUAAUGCCUUGAAACCAUGGUAACUGCAAAAUGAUUUCAUUAUAGCAUUACUCGUAUUGUAGUCUACAUUAGUGCAAUAGACCUCUUCCAUAAUCGGCCAUUUGUUUAUUCUUCUAAUUAAUGUGAUUUAUUCUGGUAAGUAAUUGUUAUUUUCUGUUCUAUUAUUUUAUUAUUUAUUCAUGAUCUUUUUUUUUUUUUCUCUCUUUCUGGUUCGUCGUCUGUAUAUAUUAAAUUUUAAACGAAACGUAAUUGGUAACACUAGUUAAAAUAUUGACAGAAAAUAAACAGAGCUGAACUGAACUGAAAUGAGUUUUCCUGGUCUCAUUUGAAAGUAAGAAUUGUUUUAUAAUUUGUAUUCAUAUAAAAGAAUAUAUUAAUAGGCUGCAAUAGUUUGCAAUUGUGAAAAGGGUUUAUGCUAUAAUAGAGAUCUAAAAACAAGAUUGCUCGAAUGGUAGACAAUUUGCAUCAAGGACGUCGACUUAUAUACACUGUUUACAUUAUACUCGUAAUACCCCAGUAGUUGACACUACACUGAGCUGCCCCCGCUCUGCAUGAUGUCGGUCAAUUGUAUUCUUUGUCUUUGUGUGGCUCUUUGAAAUAAACCGAUUACAUUAUUAAUUCAAAAGCCGGAGGAAAUAUCCGUCCGUCCCCUCCCGGUGAAAAAAAUUUUCUAAUCUAAUCUUGUCUAAGUUGGAUGGAAAAAGUUCAUAGCUUUAAUGGAUCGGCAUGUCCAAGUAUUAUUGCAUGUAACAAAGGAGAUUAAUAAAUAAAUUCUCAUAACGUUUAAUUAAGGGACCUUUACCUCAAUGACUCCUUGCGAAGCGAGCGGCCGUAAAGCCACCCGCGGAGCGAGAUAACUUUGUAGUCGAAAUUCGUAUUGCGUGUGGAAUUAGCCUGCAUAACAGGCUUAUUAUGAGUCAAGCGAGGCGAACGCGGCAUUUUUGCGUCAUGCGGGAGACGAGGGGAGCAGAAACCUCGUUCCCAUGGUUCUCUCCUACCCGUCCCUAGAGAAAGAGAAAAGAGACAAAGACAGAGAGAGAGAGGGAUGGGGGUAGGGGAGGUAGAGAACCCUGGAAACGAGGAGUAAAAAAGCGCCUGUUAUCAGUCCAUUGUUCUGGCUUUUCCCACGUUCACUGCAUGAACGUCGCGCUCCAAUUGGUUAAUUGAUGACACACGUUGUUCUGGCAUGAUUCUGGCAUGUUUGUAUGGAACAAAAUGGCCGUGACGUAGUAAUGUUUUUUUGACGAUGUUGUUAGAAAAAGCUCCUCGUUUAGGUCCAAAACUGUUCCAGAAAUAAAGGCAAAAAAAAAAAGUUAAAAUUUAUUGCUUAAGAGGAAUUGAAUUUAUUGCUUGGAUUGCUUCCAUCUGGGUUUGGAAAAGGCCUGAUUUACUAACCUUUUUUGUAAUUAGGCGUUGACAGGCCAAACACGACUCAUAAGCUCGUGAUAGUGUAAAACGUGGCCUUGGAAUUUGUUGGAACAACAGGUUUUCCCUCUUUUCUUUCUCGCCGCUGUGUUUGGACAUAAACUAAGCUUUGACUGAGCAAAGCUUAUUUUUGUCUUACAGUAUUGAAGGUGAUUCAUUCCCUCGUAGUUGUUAUUUCCUGUGGUUUAUGCUGUUGUCGGUGUUUCUGGUAGCCAAAAAGGUGACAAUUUUCGAGUAAUGGAUCAACUUUUCAUUCGUCCUUUUAACAUCACCGCUGCCAGUGAAUAUUUGUGGGCGUAGUAGGUGGGCGGAAGAGCCAGAAAGAUGGACUUUAUUUUAGGCGGUUUAUUUUUUCUUCUUAGCUCGUCUCGCGCUUCGCGCAAAAUGCCGCGUUUGCAUCGCUUGGCUCAUAAAGCGCCUGUUAUGCAGGCUAGCGUGGAAUGUGCGUGCACAGCGAGGGAGAAACACGACUUAGCUUUAUAUGCAACACGACUACCAGAUGUGUGCAAAGGCCAAAGAGUUCGUUCAUCCUCUGUGAAAAAUGUUUACUGUUGGUUAUUCAUCCUGGGUGAGAAAAGGUUUACUGUCGGUAAAUCGCGAUCGAUUCUCCUCAUACAAAUACUGUACAACGCCGUAAAGAGACUUAUAUUCUUUAAAUGUGAUGAAUUGAGAAAAAGUACGGCUUUUACCUUCAAUACCCUACUUAUUUUCCUAGAAUAUCUCUUUGAAUUCUUGAUAAAUACAGCUUCACCAGCUUCUGACAGCUUAUGAACAGAAUUUUACGACAAAAAAGCUUUAAAUAUUAUAACUUCUCCUCCCCUCUCCCGCCCCCCGUUUUGUGGUUAUUUUGUUUUGUCUUCUUUUUUUUAACUAUAUUAUUUUUACUUAUUGGCUGGUUUCAAUUUGUUUGUACUGCUGCCCAUUUACGCCUUCGCGAGGUGUUGCGAUAAACGUAUUUCACGUAGUAACAAUAAUCAGAUUAACAAAUAAAAAUGACGUCAUCGCACAAAUACCGUAAAAUUCCGAAAAUAAGCCCCGGGGCUUAUAUUUUUCAAAGGCUUUUUUUGAGGGGCUUAUUUUUGGAGAGGCUUACAUUUGGAGGGGCAAAUUUACGUGAAAAAAAUCGAUCGGGCUAGCCUUAUAGUUGGAAGGAAAUUUACUGUUUUUGCUGUGUUUUACUUUGUAUUUGAGGGCAAUUUCCAGGUACAAGCCCCCUGGGGCUUAUAUUUGAGGGGCGAUUUUAUGGAGGGUUUUUUGUGUUAUAAGUUUGGGGGGCUUAUAUUUGGAGGGGCUUAGACAUGGAGGGGCUUACUUUCGGAAUUUUACGGUAGCCUAUUUUACUGUCUUUGAAAGGAAAAUAUACAUGGUAACAAAUAUGUUAAUUAAAAAAUAUAUAUAUAUAUAUAUAUAAAAUAUGAAGUAUAUUUGAUUAUUAUUAUUUAUUUUUUUUGUUAGAAUCCAGUGGUGGCUAUGGCAAAACCCCCUACGCGUUUAUCUUUUCUCUCAACAAUUCUGAAGGGCUGGCACCGUUUGUGAGCAAGGUAAAGGAAGAUAAGACAAAAAUUGCAAUUGAGAGGAAUUUAUUUUAUGGUCCAAAGUUUGGUGAUGACCUCGUCAUUUAUCUUGACCCCGCGUAUGUCCAGGACUCAAAAGCAGUCUUGGGCGUAUUCUACUCUGUUCCAGCUUCAGUGAAGGACAAGGUCACAGUCCUGAAGGGGCCUGGAGGAACUUCUCACCUGAUGAGGUGGAGGUAUUUUUAUCUUGACCCAUCAUGCAAGAUAACACGAACUGAGUUCAACUGA